AUGUCACAAAACGGUCAAUAUAGUUCUGAAUAUGUAACGGAUUGUCCCUCGUUUUUGAAAACUGAUGAAUCUGAUAGCUCAGAAACAUCAAACAGCUUUGCUUCAGAGACUCCCGGGGCUGAGGUGUCUGGGAAAGAAGCAUGGAGGACCACCAAAACGAAGGCUGCCAACAAGCCGACUGCCCUGAAGGCUGAUACAAAGGUGACUGCCCCAAACAAAAAGGUGACUGCCCCAAAGGCUGCGAAAGAGGCGACUGCCCCAAACAAAAAAGUGACUGCCCCAAAGGCUGCCAAAGAGGCGACUGCCGCGAAGGCUGCCAAAAAGGUGGCUGCCCCAAACAAAAAGGCGACUGCCCCGAAGGCUACCAAAGAGGCGACUGCCCCAAACAAAAAGGUGACUGCCCCAAAGGCUGCGAAAGAGGCGACUGCCCCAAACAAAAAGGUGACUGCCCCAAAGGCUGCCAAAGAGGCGACUGCCGCGAAGGCUACCAAAGAGGCGACUGCCCCAAAGGCUGCCAAAUGGCGUAGUAUUUGUGAGGAAGAAAGGACGAAGUACGACUACUUGACUCAGGACAUCAUGGAUUGUAUCACUAGAUGGCUCGGUGACUGGUCUUCGAAACGCCCGCGUUGCACGCAGUGUUCUAUAUCCUCUGGAAGCUCUAUUUCUGAUGAAUAG